UAAAUAUCACGUGGAGACAUCAUGGAUGCUCCUGUGAGUUUGCUGUAGAUUGUUAUCCUUUACCUGUAGUCUUUAGCUCGUUUUUGAACAUUUGUUGAUAAAAUAAAAAUUAAUCUCCGCUGUGGAGAAACAGGAAACACUGUCGUGGAAACAGGCGCCACCUCCCAGCUCAGCUGACAGCGCGGUUCGGUUGUUUUACCACAGCACCUCUGGGUGAGUGUGUGAGUGUGUGUGUGUGUGUGUGUGUGUGUGACAUUAUGUGUGUAAGUUAGUAGAUGCUCACAGAGUGCAGCGUGCAUCAUGUUCGUGUUGGUGGAGAUGGUGGACACGGUCCGGAUCCCUCCGUGGAACUUCCAGAGACAACUCAACGAUGCCAUAGCUGAGGAGCUGAACAAGAAACUGGCCAACAAGGUUGUCUACAACGUUGGCCUGUGCAUCUGCUUGUACGACAUCACUAAACUGGAGGACUCCUAUAUAUUCCCGGGGGACGGAGCCUCACACACCAAAGUUCAUUUCAGGUAUGUGGUUUUUCACCCAUUUCUCGAUGAGAUCCUGCUCGGCAAGAUCAAGUACUGCAGCCAAGAGGGAGUUCAUGUGACCAUGGGCUUCUUUGAUGACAUUCUCAUUCCACCAGAGUCACUUCAACAGCCUGCAAAAUUCGAUGAAGCCGAGCAGGUUUGGCUUUGGGAAUACGAGACGGACGAGGGGGCCCACGAUCUCUACAUGGACCAGGGAGAGGAGAUCCGAUUUCGGGUGACCGAUGAAGUCUUUGUGGACACGUCACCGACGGGGCCGGCCGCUGCAGCGACUGACACGCCGGCUCAACCGGGACAGUCGGCGCCCCCCCCAGAGGACAGCGGGGAGAAGAAAGAGGCUCCGUACACUCUGAUUGGGACCAUCUGUGACCCGGGGCUGGGGCUGCUGUCAUGGUGGAACAGUUAGCGCUGCAGAGGAGGAAGAAGAGGAAGAGGAAGAAGAAGAAGACGAAGACAUUCAUGACGAGAGACGGCAGGCUGGAGACACAGAACCCAGGAUGUUGGGUACAGAAGUCAAGACACAAAGUCGAGCAGCUCCCUGACCCAAGAUGUGAUGUCACAUUGAGACUGAUUUUUUGUUUUUUAUACUAUUGCCCUGAACACGCCAGUUUCAUGUGUACAUAUGUGAAAUUUACCCUACAGAAUAAUUCAGUGGACAUUAACAUUAAUUUGGUAUAUUUCACAUGAGGUUUUGACCCCCAAUUCAAAAGAAUUAAGUCAUUAAUCAUUUGAAUCACAAUGUCCUCACUUACUUUGGCAUGAUAGUCGGACAUACACAGGUCACAAAAUCUGACGUAAAUGGCUCAAAGUAGGAGGUGUUGAACAGUGAGCAGCAUCUGUCAGGGAUGAAAACAAUGUGGUGCCUAAUGGUCAAUGGAACGCUUAUCAGUUCAAUCUUCUAAGCACAAACAGACAUUUGGAAAAACAUCAAAUAUCAGAUUUUUCAU